AUGAAUGACACAACAAUUGAGAGUUCUUCGAAAGAUCAAAGUAAUUUCAAUGAAAAAUCAUUCGAAGAUCCCAAUUGGACUAUUCAACGAGAAAUUUCAAUUACUAUUGAUAAAUCAAUCGAAGAUUCCAAAUCAAUAUGUUUAAAACAUAAACUUAAGAUUUUUUUAGUCAUUUUUCUUUUAAUUUUAAUUAUUUUAUUGAUAUUAAUACCAACUCUAAUAUAUUUUCUCCAUCCACGUUAUAUUUCAUCAUCGAAAUAA